UUAAAGGCAAUAAAAAAAAAAACGCUCUCUAGGAAAGGACGAUAGCAAAGGUGAUUAGGGUUUCACCACCCUUUCGCCGCUGUUGGUUUCGCCUCACGCGUAUCAACGAGAAGCUUCUUCGUCUUCACUUUCCUCCUCUCCGUCCAUGGCGUCGCUCACAGCAGAUCUAGCUUCCUUUCCACGCCCUCCCUCAGAUCCGUCAGAUUCGAGUUUUAAGUUUGCUCUCUGGUCAAAUCCUCCGGAUCUUCCGGUUCCUCCUGACCCUCCGCCUGAUAUUCUAUCACUCAUGGGCUUUCUUCAGUUGUACGAUCUCUGGGCCACCGUUGGCUUUCCCCAUAAAUUCUCAGAUCCAAAGUUAUGUUUGACGAUUUCAGAUGGUGGGUUAGCCUCAGAUAAAGACUUGUUCUUCCCUGAUGGAAUAAUCUUUGUACUUACUCCCUUAUACCAAUAUGCAGGUUUAUUUCCACCUUUGCUCUAAUGGCUUUUGAAAUGACAUGGCAUUCUCUCCUCGUGUGGCAA